GCGAACAUCGUGAAAGUGCAACUAAACUGCUCAAUGAUUAAUUUUAACUAAGUUCACAGUUAUUUGAUGGCAUAAUCAUUUAUCGCUAAGCGUUGUUACGAGCAGAAUUACAUCUGUACUAUAUCAGUAGGCAGUUAUGCUUGAGGGCCUUGCAGCAUGGGUUCUGAACACAUAUGUAGGGGAAUAUCUGGAGAAUCUCAACACAGAUCAACUUUCCAUUGGUUUACUGCAGGGUGCCGUGGAGUUGGAAAAUCUUCCAUUGAAAAAAGAUGCUCUCAAAAGUUUAGACUUGCCAAUUGAGGUCAAAGCAGGAUUUGUUGGUAAAAUCUCUCUGCAGAUCCCAGUGAGAAGACUGAAGAGUGAGCCUUGGGUUAUCUCUCUAGAUAAGGUCUACCUAGUAGCAGGGCCUCUGUCACAUAAAAAGUAUGAUGAAGAAAAAGAGCAGAAAAUUAAAGAUGAAAGAAAGAGAGCACAACUCCUUGAGUUAGAAACCAAAUGGAAGGUAGCAAGACAAGCUCAUGUAGAAACCUCUUCAUGGCUUUCUCUGGGAUAUUCUUUGGUCUCCAACAUUGUGGAAAACCUACAGCUGAAAGUCAACAAUGUCCACAUCCGCUAUGAGGACAACCAGACCAUCCCUGGAUGCUCUUUUGCCUGUGGGAUAAGGAUUAAAAGCCUGUCUGCUCAGAGCACAGAUGGAAGUUGGGUGCCAAAGUUUGUUCACAAGGCAGAGGCUGGGGUGAUGCACAAGCUGUUAGAUCUCCAGGAUUUCUCCAUAUAUUGGGACACAGAUGCAAAAUUGUGUGGAGACAUGACUAGCAUGCAAGAGCUUGCUGAUGUUUUAAUAAGAGACAUGGGCCAGUCUGCUUCCACUGGGAUUUUCAAAGAUCACAAUUUCAUCCUGGAGUCAGUGAAUGCAGAAGCCAAGAUGAAGAGGAACACAUCAGAGCUUCCAAUUAGGUCCACGACCACUCCUAGGAUCAACCUGGACAUCAAACUACAGCAGCUGCCCAUAUCCCUGAGUGAGGGCCAGUACAGGGGAAUGGUGGCUUGGAUGAAGGAGUUUGACAGAUAUGAAAAACACAGGAUAUUCAUGAAAUGGAGGCCUUUCUGUACUGUGAUAGAAGAUCCUAAGGCCUGGUGGUUGUAUGCCAUUAACUCCAACCUGUUCUCCAUACAAGAAAGAUGCAAGAGACAGAGCAAGGAGUACAUCCUGCAGAGGGCCAGGGAUAAUGUCGUAUAUGUGGAAGGCUACAGGAGAGAACUCAAAAAUGAAUAUCUGACACCUUCUCAAAUAGCUGUGAAAGAAAAGUUAUUGAUGGAGUUGAGCUUUGAAGAGUUGAAAAUUUUGCAUGAACUAGCCAUGGAGUUAGUAACAGCAGAAGAGAAGCACAAGGAAAGGGAAGAGCAGAAAAAGCAAGAGAAAUCAAAACAAAAUGGGAAGGGUGCUCCCCAGGCCCAGCAGCACUACCUGGGGAUGUUUCAGGGGUGGUGGAGUGGCUGGGGUGGGGCCUCUACAACAGCUGCAAAGUCUACAGGGGAACCACCCCCACAGGAUAAAGAAGAGAAGCACCCCCUUCCUGAGUUAGAUGAAGAUGAGCCUCCUGCAAAAAUAGCUAAACAUGAAAUAGAGCAAGAAAUAAUGGAUGUUUUCCAUGAGGCUGAAGAAAAUACUUCACUGUUGAAGAGGGAUUUUGUGUUUGCCAGACUGAACUUCUGUCUGCAGAGUGGCUCUUUCCAAUUAAAGGGUGAAAAUGCUGCAUCACUUACUACAGACACCCAUGGCUCAAGUCCCCUCCUCGUUCUGGAGUGUACUAACAUCAAGAUGGAGUUUGAGAGUAGACCACGGUUCAAGUCUCUGCUGUUUGGCAUCAGUGUGGAUGGGUUGGUGCUGAAGGACCUCCUGACACCCAACACUGUCAUGCCCAUACUAAUCUCUCCACAAAUGAGGGACAGAAGCAGCCAGGUGAAGCAUUUCUUCACAGGUUUUGGUGGUGUUGGGGCAGACCAGCACCCUCAGGAACACGGAGGGGCUCUGUUCUCACACUCCAGAGUGGCAGAGGAGGCCAUAUUCCAGUUUGAGUAUGAACAGAAACCACUGGGGAGUACAGCAGACCACAGGGUAUUUAUGAAGACAAAGCCUCUAAACAUUGUCUACAACCCUUUCACUAUUAAGAGAGUGAGAGAGUUUUUCAAACAGAGAGCAACUGGCAUUGCACAAAAACAGUCUGAGAUCCAUUUAGCAGUUGAUGCAAGAAGAAAAUAUGAAGAACUGAAAAAUCAAACUAAAGCUGAAUUGAAGCAUACUCUUGAUCAAAUGUUGGAGGGAAAGGAACAGAGAAAAGCCAAGCGUUGGGAAUUCAAUCUUGAUAUCACUGCCCCACAGUUUGUGUGCCCAGAGAAUUUCCAGGAUCACAACACAACUUUAGUGGUGUUUGACUUUGGCCACCUUUACUUCAGGAAUUCCUCGGCUAAGAUCAAGAAGAAGGACAUGGAGAUGCAGGCCUCUAUUGAUGAUGAUGAUGAGGACUUCCAAACUCCCAGCAGUACUCCACCUGGUGAGGAGGAGGAGACAGCUGAUGGGGAGGAGGACUCUGACAAUGUCUCCCAGGCAACCACAGUGACGUCCAAUGAGCUGUCAGAACUUUUGGCUGCCAAUCUUCCUGCACACGAUUUGAGGAGUAGACUCUAUGACAAGUAUAUCCUUGAACUCACAGAGUUACAGGUGAUGGUAGGCAAAGGGAAAGACAACUGGAAACAAGCCCACUAUAAAGGUUCAGGGCACAUGCACAUACUGGACAGGUUCACCAUAUCUCUGCAGUUUGAGAGAAGACUCCUGUAUACUGAUGAUCCCUCCUUCCCCAGUGCAUCCAUGUCAGGAAACAUGCCCAGUCUGGUGAUGCAUGUUAAUGAACAGAAGGUGAAGGCGUUGAGGAAGUGUAUAGACACCAUCUCCAGUGACCCAGUCCGCCCCUCCCCCACUACCACCCCAUCCCCUGCCACACCUGACACACAGCAUACACAGCUGGGACAGUCCACAUACCAGCUUAUGUCAGAAGCCCAGAUGCGUCAGCGCAGAGAAGUAUCUCAAGAAAGUGUUUUAUUACUGCUGCAGUUCACCAUAAGUCAGAUGGCACUGGAUAUCCAGAGUAGAGGUCUCCCUGUGGCAGAGAUCCAGGUUUCAGGAGUCAGUGUGAAUGCUACCAAGAGGACCUUUGACACCUCAGCCAAGUUCUCUCUGCACAGCCUACUGGUGGUAGAUGCCAUGCAGACCUUUGGAAGAGAUUUUGAACUCUUGGUCGCAUCGCACAAACGAUUAAGCUUAGACAGCCACAGUGGCAGCAUGCGUGACUCAGAACCUACCUCCCCCACUUCCCCACAUUCCCCCCAGUCCCCGCAGUCCCCCUGCUCCCCCCAGUCCCCCAGUGAUAAGAUGCUGGCCUCCAGGAACCCUCAGACCAGCCUCAGUGCCUUCCAGUCAGCUUUCACCACAGCCUGGCAGAGCCUGAACCCACUGGCAGCCAGGAGGAGGGAGCGUUCAUAUUCCUUUGACCCAGAUCGUGCCGCCUCCCCAGUUCCUCAGCAGCAGCACAAUUUUAUACCAGUAGACGACACAAAUCAAAGUGAGGAUGCUCUGAUUUAUCUGGAGUUAGAACAAGUAGAGCCAGGAGGGCAGGCUGGCGGUGGCAAUGAGGAAACUGAGAGGAUCAUCAACUUACAGUUUAACAACUUGGAUGUUGUAGUCAACCAAGAAACCAUAGUGGAGCUCCUGAGGUUUUUCAAGGAGAUAGCUCCACCCCAAGCUCAACACAAGUCCAAAAAGCAUUCAAAGAAGAGCGAGUCACUCGUGAAAAGCAUGCGGAGUAUGAAUAAAAGUGAAUCAAUUUUGCUAAAUCCUGGCCUGGGUGCCAUGAAAACCACAGUAACAGCUGAUGUCCGUAGGUUGAAUGUCAUGUUGAUGAGAGUUGUAGAAAAUGAUUAUGCCAAAGAGGCAAAGAAGGUCGCUAUGGCAACCAUGAGUAGAACAAAAUUCUGCACCACAUUCCAUAGCACAGGAGAAAAGAUGUGUUUCGAUGCCUAUCUGGGAGGACUUCAGCUUAAAGACCUCACUUACGACGGUCCUUUUCUUCACCGUAAGACGGUCUUCAGUGUGGGUCACGACCCAGAGUGCAGCACAAACUAUGACGAGUUCUCUCACACAGAGAUAUACAACACGGCAUAUGAAUCUGUCCUGGAUGCAGAUUGCCUUGAUAAGGCACUGAUAUUCCAAUAUUCAGAAGGAGGGACAUUUAUGGAUGAGUCUGAAACUUUUGAUAACUCCCACUUUCUUAGGGAUGACAGUGCCAGAUGUGUAGAAAUAAGAAUGGCGUCGCUUCAUUAUAUUCACUCCCCAAGCUUCCUUAGUGAUCUGACAUUGUGUGGGUCUGAUAUCAAGGAUUAUCUGACAGGAGCCAUGGAUAACAUCAAGACUGCAGCCACAGAAAUGGCCAUGGGGUUUGUGUCUAAGAAAUCAGACCACAUGGGCACCUCUCAGUAUCCCCUGGCUACAUCCCACUUAGGUGAGCCUAGCAGAAUGUAUGGUUCGGAGGAAGAUGUGUUCAGCAUGAUGGACAGACAGGGUGACAUCCAUGAAGGGGACGACAAGAAACUCGUGAUCAGUGGCAUACUUCAGAGCCCAGUGAUAGUGUUGCCUCGCACUCCUACAAGCUCUGAAGUUCUGGUGGCUUAUCUUGGGAAGACUUAUUUCAGAAACAAACAGCUGGAAGAGGUGCCGACUUUGCCUAACAUUCCCUUUUCUGAAUCUUUCCUCAAUGUGGAAGAAGAAGAAGAAGAAGGAGAGAAAAUGUUCAUUGAAAUUCGAGACAUAAGAAUGUACAGCAGAGAUGAAAAGGACAUUGUUGAGAGCGAAGCUGUAAAUCAUUCACUGCCUGAAAUUUAUUCCAAAGCUCGCUGCGGAGUCCCAAUAUUACAUGAUACUAUUAUAGAACUCAAAAUAGAAAAACAAGAGCCCCAAAUAGGCUAUAUCAAUAGAAACUCAACCCAAGAGUUUUCAUUGGAUGAGAAUGUGUUUCCACAAUUUGGGGACCAGACUCUGUCAUAUGAGUCUCCAGAUACUGUGAUACAGAUCAGUGGCAGGGUUGUGACUCCACUCAAACUAGCCCUUCACAGGCAAGUCUAUGAGCAGAUUUUACAAACAUUGGACAAUCUUACGCAUAAUAAUGAGGAAUCACAGUCAAAUGAGUCUUUUCAAGGCAGUGAAGGAAAUGAGAGCAUGCCGACCACAGAGUCCAGCGUGAUGUCGGUGCCUAGUAUGUCAGCCUUGAAACUUGAUAUGGGGGAGGUGGCCUCAAGUACCAGUAUUACAAGCAUUUCCAGCUCAACGGUCUCUAGUCAAGCAAGCAACCCCAUUGCAAUAAGAGCAAAAUUUGACUUGCCUAUAUUUGAUAUUGAGAUGCAGAAUGAUCUGGGAGGGGAGCCAAAUAAGUCCAUUGUACUUGUUAGUUUCAAGGAUUUUGUGGUGGAUUAUGAGAAAUCCAACCCUUACAUAACUGAAAUUGAAGUGGCCCUCCAAUCACUAACUGUGAAAGAUUUGCUGCAGGAUGAACAAACUAAACAUGGCUUCCUGAUGGUGUCAAAAGGCGCUCUUCCCACAGGAGAGUUUGCUGCUGCGGGUGAAACUAAAAUGUACAUGUCCACGUCUUGCCCCGAUAGUAUGAUACAGGCUGCGGCUCCUGACAUGCCGCCAUCUUUGCCAAGCAGUUUGCGACAGGAGAAUGUCUUCACCGCCCGAGCUGCCCAGUCUAAAGGCAGCACAGCAAGCAGGACACAUAGGUCCAGACAAGAGAAGGAUUCAGAUGAGAGGGAUACAUUUGCCAAAACCAGUUUAUCUGCUGGCGUAAUGCCGAUACCUCGCUCUAAAAUGUCCCAUGUUCCUAUCCCCAAUCUACUUAGAAGUCAGCGCUUGCCUACAUGGCCCAGUGAGUACCCCAGCACACCCCCUCCCACCCCCCAGCUGUCCCUGCCUGCCAUGCUGCCCCAGGACAGGGACAGGGGGGAGGCCCUGGUACACAUCAAGGUACAGCUGGUGGAUAGGAAGUGCCCUGAGUUUGCUACCACUUACAACAAGACGAAUCGUUUUAUAGAUGUUGAUUUUAAUGGGCUGGACACUACAGCCAAUCUCAACACCUGGGUAGUGGUGUUGGACUUCUUGGGGAUGGGAGCCAAGAUACAUGACACGGAGGCUUAUUCUGAGAAGACUGACCCAAUGACCCCACCAGCAGCGGAUACUGUUAGUGAAGAGUCAGGAGAAAAGGAAACGGUCAACUCCGAAAUAGAACUGAAAGUGAAGAGCCUCAACCUCCUGCUGAACAAAAAAGAAUAUGAACUUGCCAAAGCCAAUGUGUCCAACUUGAAGUGUCACCUGAAGCUACGAGAUGGUAACAUGGCUGUGUGUGGUCAGCUGGGCAGUAUGUCCUUGACUGACCAGUCACCUCAUGGGGUGCUGUACAGGGAGAAGUUCAUGACAACAGGGACACAGGCUCUGGACUUUGACAUAUUCAAGUAUGGCACACCAGACCCCAUGUUACGGCGUGAGUUUGACAUGAGUGUGAAGCUCCGCAUGGCUUCCGUACGCUACACGCACUCUCAGAGAUUCAUAUCAGAAACUGUGGCAUUUAUUCAGCACUUCAACCAGAUGCAGGAGGUGCUGGGGCGCAUGAGAGCCUCCAGCUCUGGACAGAAGAUUGAUGAGAAGGCAUCUCGUGGUGGCAGAAUGAAACUUGACAUAGUGGCAGGUUCCCCCAUCAUUCUUAUUCCUCACAGCUCUAAGACCACAGACAUUUUGGUGGUAGACCUGGGCACACUCACUGUGAAGAACACUUUCAAGUUUGCUGACAAUACAGUGAAAUCUGAGUUCACUCAUAAAAAGAAAGAAAGGCAUUCCUCUUCUAGCUCUGUGGGUGAAGAACCAAAAAACUCUACCCAUUCCAUGCCCCUGUCUCCAAAGAAAGCUGUUGACCCAAUGUCCAUGAGUAUUUAUGGGGGUUUGGACACAGAUUGGAGGGAAGAUACUAUGGAAGCCACUGAAUCUAGUGCAAUAAGUGAAUCCGCUCAAACAGCAUCAUCUACAAGUCCCAGGUGUAACUCAUCAAAACCAAAGCUUGAGAAAAAGCCCUCACUCCAAAGACAAGACAGUGUGAAUGGCAGAAAGCUGGGGUGGAUUCUUAACCCCCCGCCUUCCUAUGAGGAGAGUGUGGAACACGUGUGUUUGUUGGAUGUCCUGUCUAUCAGCCUGGAGGACAUGGACCUGUACUCUGCUGAGAGGGUGGAGAAGGGGGAGUACAGCAGUAGUACACCACACCUGGACUUUGUUUUCAAUACCUGUGUUAUACAAAGACAGGCGGUCAAGCUUCUGAAACAAAAAUGUGCUCUGAACCUAGAAGUGGAAAGAAACCUGGAUGGCGACCUCAGUCACAGUGUUCCAGAUUUCAACAUCAACGGCACCCUGUCCUCAGUUCACUGCUCUAUAGAUGUUAACCAAUACAAGCUGGUCCGAGGGUUGUUGGAUCACAACCUGGGGGAGGCUGUGGAGGAGUUCAAGAGACCAUUGCUCACUGAAAUGCAAGAUCCUAAGAAUAUUACUGUUUUGAGUGGCCAUGUGUUCAAAGCCAUUGCCAUAUGUAUAGAGCUGAAGAAUGUGAGCGUGGAGUUCCUGAUGGCCCAUGAGCAGCCUGACUGUCCUGAGGUCUCUCUUGCCAGGCUGGACUUCAUCAAAUCCAAACUCUGCUUUGAAAGCUACUCAGAUCAGACCAAAGAUGUGGACUUGGUGUCUCAUGAAAUCAGAGCUUCUGAUACAAGAUUUAGAGACUUCCCAGACAACCACAAAUCCAGCAUCUUCCAAGAAAUUCUCCACCCCACAUGCCACCAGGGAGAACACAGGGCUCUGCAGAUGGAGCUCCAUUACCGCUCCACUAAAGAUGCUGUCCACUACACUGCACUGCUCAACAACAUGAGACUGCUGUGUAUAUUUGACUGGCUGCUGGAAGUGCAAGAAUUCCUCUCCACUAGCCCCGAGGACCCUUUCAGCUCCAAUUUUAACAAGAGGCACCCCAGCCAGCAUCAAGUAGCAGUAAGCAUGGUGGAUGGAAUUGCCACAAAGAGGAAGCCACCCCAGUUUCAGGAACAGAAACCAAUGGAUUUGAAACUGAACAUCACAGAGACAGAGUUUGUAGUGGUGGAGAAUAUGACCACAUGGGACACUAAGGCAGUCAUUUUGAAGAGCACUGCAGUAUUGUCAUACAGAUCAGCCACAGAGAGGCCCCUGUCCUGUAGCCUACAGAGCCUGGAGGUGUUCUCCUGUACCCUGAAUGCAGAGAAUGAGACUGCCCUCUCCAUCAUAGACCCUAUGACGGUGUCCAUUGAACUGAGUGGGACAGGGAGGAGGGGGGACAGCGGGGCACAUGGCCUGGCUGAUGCUGCUGUAGAUGACAGACCUCCUGUGUUAGAGGCCAGCUUUAAUACAUUAAACAUCAGGUUGUCUUAUAAUGACCUGAAGUUGUUUCUUGCCAUCAUGAACUCUGUGCCAGAGCAGGCGUACCAAGCCAAGAAAAGCAAGAGUGACCUGGCCAUCACAGCAGACACAAUACCAGCUGAGUCUAAAUAUUCAGUGGAAGCUUUCCAGUCCCUGCACAAUCUAGGCUUCAAGUACAGUGACUGUGAGCUGGCGUUACAGGAGUGUGGAGGGAAGCUGGAUGAUGCUGCUCUCUGGCUUACAACCAAUGCUGAGCCGGUGAGGAAGGCAAAACAAGGUGGGGCGAAGAAAGAUGAUGGCCAGCUAGGAGGCAUGAACAUUUCUGGAGUAGAGCUGAAGGCAAACAGUAUCUGUCUGUGUCUGAUUGAUGAUUGUCUGGAUGCUGAUGUGCCUCUUACAGAGUUCACCAUCUCAGGAUUAUCCGUUCUUCAGACCUUGAGGAACAAGUUGACAGGAAAGGCCAACUUCACCUUAGCAGCUGAUUACUACAACAGGAAACUUUCAGGCUGGGAGCCAUUUAUUGAGAGUUGGAAUUGCACUGUGGAAUGGCAGCAACAUAUGUACCAUGAGACCCCAGAAGACAACAGUUUGACUGUAUCAGUGUCAGCAUUUAACCCUUUGAAUAUCAACCUGACCAGUCCACUGUUAGAUUUGUAUAAGAAAACCAAGGUGAAGUGGACUGAGGAUUACUAUAAAACUGAAAGUCCACAAGACAUGCCCUCUGCUGGAAAGAGAAGAGUCCCUUUUGUACCCUAUGGACUGAAGAAUUUGACUGGAUGCAAGCUGCAGUUUGGCACGACAACUGAUAUGACCGAUAGCUGGGGCAGAACCACAUAUCUGGGUGGCGCCAUCUACAACUGGAGAACAGUGAUGCCUGGAGAUGAAGUAUCAUUUCUGUUUGAGGAAAAGGGAAAGAUGAGACAUCAGAAAACUCACGAACUGAAAGUCCACCAGAUUGUAGUGAAGGUGGAUGGAUGGAAGACAGCCAGUCCAGUAUCAGUGGAUAAAGUGGGGACGUACUUCAGGAAUGCUGAUGCCGAAGUGAAUACAUCCUCCAGUUUGUUUAAAGACCUGCCCACAGCCAGGUUGGUGUUUGACAUCAAGAUAGUGGGCAGUGCAAAGAAGGUGAUCACAGUGAGAUCUGCUCUGAAGGUGGUGAACAGGCUGGAAGAUGUUGUGGAAAUCCAGGUCCACAAUAUGCUGAGCAACACUGAGAAGCCCCACAUCUUUUCCCUGGACCCAGGGUGCCCCCUGUACAUCCCUGUACCCCUGGUCCACUGCCGCCUCCACGCACGUCCCCGCGGCUGGAGCAUGGCCUACUGUCAGAAACCCAUCUACUGGACACAUGUCCAGAAACCAGGCGAGGUCCGGGACAGCUUGAGGAGCUGCCAUACUGUCAAUGGAGAGGGCAUAUACAGAUUCUGUGUUGAAGUUAAGAAGGAAAACUUCCCCAUGGACUACGCCACUAAGAAGACGGACACCAUGGCUGAGGUGUUCAUGCAUCCAGGACACACCCUGACACUAGUGCCCCCUACUGUCAUUGUCAACCUGCUCCCCAUAGAGCUACAGUACUAUAUUAAAGGCACUCAGAUCAAGGGAGCAAUCAAACCUGGGAAAGAGAAACCCUUAUUUGCUGCUGACAUCAGCCAAGCCAUAGAAUUAGGUAUUCUCCUGGAGAACUUCCCCACCUGUAGAGAGCUGGUCAUCCCUCCAGGUGUGACAGAUUACCUGGUGAAGAUUAGGCUGUAUGAUACAUACAGCAGACUGCUGGAGCUCAUGGUGAGAAUACAUGCAAGGAAAGGAGGAGCACUGAAGCUGCACAUCUUGGCCCCCUACUGGCUGGUGAAUAAGUCAGGCCUCCCACUGCUGUUCAGACAAGACAGUGCUAAGACGGAGGCGGCAGGACAGUUUGAGGAACAUGAACUGGCCAGGAGUCACGCACCUCUGCUCUUCAGUUUUGCAGACAAAGAUGCUCCAUUCCUGUGUAUUAUGAGACUGGGGAAACAUGUACAUGAAAACUCCUUGUCACAGUGGUGCCACAGAUUCAGUUUGUCAAGAGGAGUUGGCAUGCGCCAGCUGCAUGUCACACCAAGGGAUAACAGAAAAGUGGACAAAGUGUAUAACAUUGGCAUAGAGAUUCGGCAAGGCCAAGGUCGCCAUAGAGACACCUACAUUGUGACCUUCACCCCAAGAUUCACCCUGGAUAAUAAAUCUUCGUACAGACUGGCAUUUGCACAGAGACACCAAGUGACUGGCAAGGGCCCAGAGAAUCCAUCAGGUGUGUUUAGUGCUUACCCCAACUCCAGUCUGACGUUCCACUGGCCGCGCCAGGACCUGGAUACACUGCUGUGUGUGCGCAGGAUGGAUGACAUGGACUGCUACUGGUCAGGGGGAUUCUUUCUGGAUAAAGUAAACUCUUUUCAUGUCAACAUGAGGGGUCCUCAGAAGAUGCCACUAUUUUUAAGAGUGGAUGUGGUAUUACAGGGCGCCACUUACUUUGUGAUAUUCUCUGAUGCUGAUCAAAUGCCUCCACCUUACAGAAUUGACAACUUCUCAGAGGUGCCCCUUGUUGUAUACCAAAGAGAUGUGGUGGAUGAUCGACUCAGAACAUUGAUAAAACCAAAAACUUCAUGGCCAUAUGCAUUAGAUGAGCCCAGCCUGCCCUCCAUAUUGGCUUGCUGUGUCCAGGGCGGGACCAAGGCCUACUAUGAUCUGGACAGGAUAGGGGACGGCCAGCAGCUCCAUUAUGAGAACUUCUUUUAUAUAGCUGUCACAGGCACUUUUAUCAGAGAACCCCAGCCAGGUUCCCUGCAGCCCCUCUCCUCAGACUUGGAGUCCCAGAUGUUGGUGCUGGACGUCCCCACAGACUCCACUGCCGUGGUCUUCAAGAGGAAAGAGACAGGUAAGAGGUCUCAGCUGUGGAGGAUGACCACCAGUGGUCUGAUACAACAUGAGGGGUCUGCCGUCCCCAGGGACCCCAGGAAGAGUCCAGCCAAGGACAAUGUGUUUGUACUGGACAUCUCAGCCAUAGCCCCUCUGCCCACCCAGUACGUACCCCUGAUGCUGAGGAAGAUGGACCCCAGGAGGAGAGCCACACAGACAUGGCAGUUCACUGAGGAUGGUCGCUUGGUUAGUGCCUUUGGCAGCCUCAGUGUCCAGUCCCGAGACGGGGUCACUGGACUGAAGGAUGGGGCAGCUGUGGUGGUGGGACCUGGCCUCCCACUGACCAUUACAGGCAGUUCAGAGUCCAGCACCCCUGUCCCUGUGUACAUGGCACUAGGCAGACAGAAGAUGAGGAGUGGCUCUGGUGUACUGGCUGUCAGGGUGAUACCAGAUGGUCCCACUAGAGUACUGGAGAUUACUGAUCUCAUGCAGAGGGAUGUAGCAUUGUCAGACUCUGAUGACUACACCAUGGUAACAGAGAGAGGGACAGAAAAACGGAGAAGCAGCAGUAGUAUAACAGACCAUGACAAGAUAGGGGAGUUGAAGGUAUCCUUAAAUCUCCAUGGUGUGGGCAUUUCCCUGGUCAACCACAUCCCUGAAGAACUCGUAUACAUCUCAUUCAUGGACAUUGACGUGGGAUUUUCUUCCAAGAGGGGGUCACAACUUCUGGAGAUGUCUGUCAAGAAUGUGCAGGUUGACAGUCAGUUGUUUGGCGCCCUGACCCCAGUGGUGCUGUUUGUUACCAGGUUAAAAGAGGGCAUCAGAGACGACUCUCCUGCACUGCAGAUCUCUGCACAUAAAGUGGCCAAUAAGGAAUGGAAUGCUGAAAUAUACAAGCACCUGGCUGUCUAUAUGAAGAGAAUGACUUUGAUCAUUGAGGAGCGUUUGUUGUGGAAAUUACUGCAAUUUGCUGACAUUGGAUUGGAUGACAGUGACUUAGAGCAAGUUGAUGAAAGUGACUUCUCAGCACAAAGAAACCAAGCAGUAGCCACAGCCAUCCAGGCCAAGAGAUACUACUUUGGAGUGCUAAAGAUCCAGACGCGCCGUAUCAACCUGGGCAUGCACACGUCCACCAAGCUGCCCCCUGACCUGGAGGCCAUCAAGGUCAAGAUGGGAAUACCUCUCAUCAAGUUUGAGGAUGCCAAGGUUGAAUUAGACCCUUUUGUUCAGUACCAUCCAUUUGAAACUAGUGCUUUGCUUAUAAAUUCAAUCAUCACUCAUUACACUGAGGAACUAAAAAGCCAGGCAGCCAAGAUCCUGGGUUCUGUAGACUUCCUGGGGAAUCCCCUGGGUCUGGUGAAUGAUGUGACUGCUGGGAUCUCUGGGGUGGUCAGAGAGGGCAAUAUAGGGGGACUGUUUACCAAUGUGGCCCAUGGCUUCACCAACUCUGCUGCCAAGGUGACUGGUUCUCUGUCAGAUGGUCUUAGUAAGCUGACCUUUGAUGAGCAGUACCAGACUGUGAGGCAGCAGAUCAAGAAUGAAGGGGACAGUGGUGGCAAUAUUAUAGCAGGAAUCAAAGGGUUGGGCCAUGGCUUGGUGGGAGGUCUCACCAGUAUUGUACAGAACACAGUGCAGGGGUACAGCAGUGGAGGGGUAGAGGGUAUGAUGGCAGGGCUGGGUCGUGGUAUGGUGGGCACUGUCACCAAGCCAGUCACAGGAAUGCUGGACUUUGCCUCCCAUACAGCCACCGCCAUGAGAGACACCAGUCGUACCAGCAGUGCCAGGAGACAGAACAGGCACCGCAGUACCAGGCACUGCCUGGGCCCCGGGGGACUCCUGCCAGAGUACUCAGAACAUGACGCCCUGGCACAGACCUUCCUCUACUUGCUGAAUGAUGGGGAUUACUCUGAAAGAUACAUUGCCAUGAUCCCAGUGAAGAGUGGUCAGGAGAGUCUGAGAGUUCUGAUCACCAGUGACCAGCUGUAUUUUCUACGCCAUGAAUCUCCAGACAUGGACAAUGUCACCCUGCAAGUGCCCUAUGAGGAACUGAAGGGAUGCAGGGUCAUAGAUUUAGUCCAGAAUGAUGGAACCCUUGGCUACUAUGUCCAGUUGUCCAUAUCCAGCAGUCAAAAUGGAGGGGCAGCCCCUGAUAUACCUCUGAGGACCCCGCAGAUUAGAUGUGAUAGCGAGAUGACAGCCAUGCAGGUAACAGAGCAGAUUCUAUACGCUAAAAACCUGUUUGAUGAAAAAAGACAAACAGUGGAUGCUGGAGAGGAGGAAAACCAAGCAGAAUUAUUUUCAUGAGAUUCAAAAGAUAUGCAAAAGUUUAUUUUGUGAAAAAAAACAAAGAUCUACUCCAAAGCAGAGUAUAGGGUUUUGUGCAGUGUGAGAAAUUGUAAACUGACCUCUUGGAUGUUGACAGGAAAAACCAGCAGACUUUUGGAAGUUGUUCUUGAAUGUGCCAUAAGUGUUAAAUGUCUUAGUGGUUGGUCUUACCAGAAAUGUUACAGUGUCAUUUGCACAAGUUCUUAAUUUGAGCAGCAUCAACGUGUAUUUGCAAUUGGGGAAAAAAGCUUUUUUGAAAAAUAGAUUUUAAUGGUGCUUGCAAAAAUAAUGACACAUUAGAUGAGAAUUAAUGGUUGUUUAUGGAAUUAUUGUGCUUUCAUUGAAUCACAUUGAAUUAUUGAAUUUUUUGUGCCAAUAUGAGCACUGCUCUGUUAUUAAUUUACAUGGCAACUGUGAUAGAUAAUAUAUUAACAUGUUCAUCUAGUCAGAUGGUAAAGGUUGUGUAUAUUGGUGCUUGUAUUGUGGAAUUUGUAAUUAUAUCUGACAUUUGUGGAUGUGAUCAGCAAUACACAUGUAUUUUUAAUUAACAACAAUAUUGUUGGUGGAUUGGGGCUUGCUUAUCAUCAAAGUUUGCUGUACCUUCAUUAUCCAUUUGUGCAAAAAAUACAAUAGUUGCUCAAGUCCAAUGAUGUUACAGAAUCUUUUUACACCAUUUAACAAAAAUGCCUAGUUUCAUUUCGUUACUAAACACAGGAGGCGUAGUUUGUGUAGACCGCAUUAAUUACAUCUUGAGAAUGCCCUCAUUAAAUAUUGUUACAAUUUAAUAGUUAUAUUUUACCCCAAAGUGCAAGGAAUUUCUUUUUGGAGCAGAGGUAUUUUCGGCAAUUUUAGACAGAGUUCCUGUGCUACAUUGUCUUAACAGUCUUAAACAUUCAAAUUCAGAAUAAUGUUAUAGAAUUUCAUAAUGCUUAUUUUGAAUGGAAUAUUUCCCUAAAAAGGAAGAAACUUGUAAAAUGUAAAUAAAGAUUUUAUUGUUGAAUCCCACUUAUUCAUGUGUUCACAAGAGUUUCAAAUUAUUUACAUAUCAUGUAAGUCUGUAUUGGGAGGAAUCAAUUCUUGAAAUCAGUCACCAAAUGACCCUACAUAUGACAGCCCUUUUGUGUACUAGCUUUUCUACAGUAACUAAUAUUUCAUUACAUGUUGAUUACAUUAUUUCUUAAAACAAUUCGAAUAGUAAAUAAGUUCACCUUAAAUCAGCAACUAUCUAUGCUUUGAGAUCUAGAACUUGUCAUCCUGUGUACUGCAACUAAACCCUGCCGAUUCUGUACACAGCUACAUAAAUAUCAGAGCCAAGGCAUAACAAUUGUAUUAACAUAAUAUUAUAGUUAGUCUAUAACUAAUAAAUCAAUGUUCACGUUCAGUUUCUUACUUCUCAUACUAAGAUUCUGAUUUAACUCUUGAAAUUUUACAUUCAAAAAGAGCCCACUGCACACCUAUUGCUGUAACUAAUAAUUCCAUAAACAAUUUUCCAACUGUCCAGUGGCUUGAGUUAUUUAAUAAAACCCAAUCUUAAAUUCUGGUCCAAAUAACUCCUGUUAUUCCUAUUAUAACAUAGAGCAGCUCACUUUCCAAUGUUUGAAGUUAUUUUGCUUCCUUUAAGAGAUUUUGUUGACAAUGUUGCUAAUCACCAAAAUUAACCAGUCUAUCUUGAGCAUCUUGCUCAGAAGAUGAGGCUAUCCAGGUGAAUAGCCUCUGUCCAGGUAAUGUACUUGCCCCCCUCCCAACCUACAGACUUGGAAAUUGAAGAAAAAUUACUGCCUUAUUCUUAGUGCAUAACACAGCCCACAAAAUUCUCUAAAUUGAAUGCCACAGGUUUUCAUCCACUACUCCUGAUGUACUACCAGAGUAUUCUGAGAGCUGCUUCCUGGAGAAUCAUCUGAAGUAGUGAACUCAACUUUGUACAUCUCGCCGUUUAUUUCGAUGUAAUCUCCAGAAGACAGAUUCAUCAGCUGUUCAGCAGAAAGCUGAAUGUCUGAGGCAGCAUCUCCAAUGAUGGUUUUCCCUCCCUGCGCCCCGCCAGUCACUGAC